GUUUCAUCCGUGUUAAGCUCGUAGUUAGUUGUGGUGUGUGUGCGUACCUUUCCCGUCUUCUUUCGUUUGAUAAUGAUCUCUCCAACAACAACCACAACUCCAAAUCACAACGACAGUACCACCGCCACGCCGCCCAAUGCUUCCGCAAAACAUGCAUCAUUGAUGACCAGUAGCAAAGCCAUAGACCAGUUGAUUGAACGCGAUAGCAAAUACCCGGACCUUGCAGAAUUAUUACGAGGACCAACAUCAGAAAGCUAUGCUAAACGCCUCAGUCCACACGAACACGAUUUUAUUAAAGAAAACACGAGCGUCAUACCUCCAGAUCUUUCUGAACUGAUUGACCAAAUACAAUGUCGAUGUUUUAUGGGAGUGUUGCCAGAAAUUAAACGAGCUUGGGUGACGAUCGACCAUCGACUCUACAUGUGGAAUUAUACUGAUGGUACCGAUCUCACAGGGUAUGAUGAUCAAGACCAAAUUAUUUGUAGUGUGGGUCUUGUCAAUCCCAGACCAGAUAUAUUUGGAGAUUAUAUCAAAUACCUCUUGAUCUUGACGACGCGAAUCGCUGUAAGCGUACUUGCUGUAUCCGUCACACCUGGUCCAAUGAACGAUGGCAGUGACGAUCGGAUUACAUUGAUUGCAACGGAUAUUGCUGCGCCAGCAAACAAUAUGACAAUUACUCAAGUUGUUGGAACGGAUGAGGGUCGCGUGUUUCUCGUUGGCGACGGUAAACUUUUCGAAUUGGAUUAUUCGCGCAAGGACAGUUGGUUUGGAAACAGGAGUGAUUUGAUCGAUCACACCACAAAACCAUAUUCAGCAUUGUUACCAUCAUUCUUUAGAUCAAAACAGCCAGUGGAAAUCAGUUUAAUUGCUCUAGACAACGAACGCAAAGUUCUUUAUUUGCUCAGCUCACAAUCCAGCAUUGAGGUAAUUUAUCUCGGUGCAAAUGGAAACGAAUUUACAACAGUUGCACACAACACGGAUAUCUGCAAUUCGGCCCGCUUAGCGUGUCGUCAAAGCUCGGUUGAAUUCACUACGACAGAAUUCGAGAUACAGUCAAUCCAUGUUAUAUCUAAGGCCGAAUCCAAAAAAGUACAUUUACUUGCCGUAACGACGACCGGAUUCCGACUGUACUUUACACACCAUAAAGACGCAUUACGAAUGACAUCAUUUGCACGCUCAACAGACGCACCACCCAACGCACUCGAAUUGAUCCAUGUACGACUACCACCAACGGCCGAACCAUCUGGCCCUACUCCAGCACUUCAACAAAGUCAAAAUUCGGUUGGAACCAUUCAUGCGGCUUACUAUGACUGCGGAACGCUGCUGGCGGCGAGAACCUUUGGUCGGGACUACAGAACGGUUCUUUUGAUGACAGCAAUGGAUCUUGGAGAGUCAACUCAUUUUAAUGGAAGUAAUACAGCAGCAUCAAUGCCAACGUCAAUGCCCACCUACACUAUCACUCAGCAGCGACCGCCCCUUGUGGAGAGUAGUGCGAUCAUCGAAAGUGACGGCAACGUAUACGCUAUUGCAGAGGCAAACCCACAGAAACGCGGAAAGCGUACGAUUAACGAAAUGGCAGAGCUUUUAAUCGAUCCACCACGACGAUUCCUUGUUCUGACGGAUAAAGGUGUUACGUUUAUCAAAAAACAGCGACCCGUUGACGUACUACAUCAACUCAUUGUCAAUACACAGGGCGACAUCGAAACCCAUCAACGAGAAUAUGCAGCAUUUUUUGAGCGAUACGGUCGCGUGCAGUCUUGUGCCAUGUGUCUCGCCAUUGUUUGUGGCACACUUGGAAAAGUUGAAUUAGUACCAGUGAUCAGGGCUGCGUCAAUGUUGUUUUUCGAGUUUGGAGGUAGUCCCACGGCUGCUGCUAUGACGACAUUGGGUGAAAAUUAUCUGGGGAAGGCUAUCGGAACGACUGGAACAACAUAUAGUGGCAAACACGACGGUCUCGCGCUGUACUUUGCUCGCUUAGUUGCCCCAGUAUGGAAGUUGAAAGUGUUUGAAAACGGUACUGAUCGCAAGAAGAACGAGGAACGAAGCAAAUAUCAGGCUUUACUACUGAAAUGUCAGAGUGAUCUGGAAAGGUUAUUGAAAUUUAUGGAUGCGAACCCCGAAUUUCAUGUUUCAGCAAGCUUCGCAGACUCGCGAUUCCAGUCAGCCGACCAAGGGAUGCUGCAAGUGCUGGUGAACGAGCAACAAUCUCUCCAUGGACUAUACCUACUCUUAAAGCACUGCAUUGAAGCGAUAUCGUUCCUAGACUUUUCGAUCGACGCUAGUAUUCAGGAGAUACUGCAAUGCCUAUCAGAAACAACGAGAAACGAGAUGCAAACCUUAACGCUGGAAAGUAUGUUGUCGACCCCUCGAGGACGCGUGUUGACCCGUGAACUCGUUAUUGGAACUAUCAACAAGUACGGUGCAGCGCAUAGCCAUGUGGGAUACGAUAUCGUCAGUGAUGUAUUGCGAAAAAAGUGCAGCUCUUUCUUUGGACCUAGCGACGUCGCUUUCUACCGAGGCGUAGAGAAUCUACAGCGUGCAAAGAAAGCUGAAGCUGAAUAUGAACGGAAUGCAGCAUUGACAGAGUCACUAAGCCUGUUUAAAGAAGCUUCAGAUUACUUGACAGAAGAAGAACUUGCGGAGAUAUGUCGUGACUAUGAUCGGCUAAGGUUCCACGUUGGCUCUGUUGAACUGCCUUUGGAGCGAGCGAAAAAGGUUGACCCACAGCAACAAGGACUGGCGUACAUGGAGGCUAAAAAUCCACCAAAUGACGCGCGCUUACAGUUCUACGAGGCUCGGAUGCGCUGUUACAGACUUGUAUUCGAUGCAUUGGCGGCAGUGAAGGCAUUAGGCGAAAGUGCAGCAGCAAGCAGAAGUGGCGGCGAUCCCAAAGUGUAUGUGGCACAAGUCUUUUCCACGGCGUUAUCACAUCAAGACAAGCUAUUUCACUAUGCCCUGUACAACUGGUUUCUCGAAAAGAACAUGAAAAGCGAACUCUUGGCGGUGGAAACGCCAUAUCUGAUACCAUUUUUCAAAGAUUACGUAAACGAAGUAGACGGGAUGGAGUUUCUUUGGCAAUACUAUCGACGUAGAGAGCAAUACUACGAUGCAGCACUCUAUCUCGAAGCGUUGGCUACCCGACCCAACGGACUCAGUCUGUCCAAACGCCUGGAACAUCUUGCGCUUGCCGUUGUAAAUGCACGCUGUCGCGAUCCAAAGCGUCAACAAGAACAAGAAUCAACACAACUUUUGCAAAGCUUGGAAUAUCGAAUCACUGUGGCACGAAUACAAGUGCGCCUUCAACAAAUCCUGCAAGCGCGUGGUCCUGAAGGCGAAGAAGGGGCAAGGAGCUUAGAAGUACAGCUGUUGGAUAUCAGCGAACUGUUUAACAAAUACGCGCGACGCUUUGGCAUUUUGGACGAGAUAUUAUUCAUCAUGAAACUCACUGAGCAUUACGACAUGUUUUACCUCAGGGAGAUCUGGCAAACCAUCUUGGCACAGAAUGAAAAGGAGGCUUUUGAGGUGCAAAACUCCCCAUUCGCUACGCUACGGAACCGAAUAGUAUAUUUAGGAGAGCGGCUUUACCCUUCUCCGGCUGCAUUUCCAGUUGAAACGAUCGUUGAGAUUUUGGAGCACUAUUGCUUUGAGCAUAAUGCACCAACAGGCUAUGUGGCUGAAUCAUUACGAGCAGCAGGUGUCCCGACCGAUAAACUACUUGAUAUCUACAAAAUGUCAAUAGAAAGCACGAAUCCCACAUGGCAAAGUCCAGACGAAUGUGAAUACCUCCAAAAACAACUCCAGUAUCUAUAUCAGCUUCUGUAAAAGAAAUAGUUCCUUGAUUCUGUUAGCAUACACACAUACACACACACAUACAAAUACAUAUAUACAAAAACAUCGUAAUAACAACGUC